AAUAACAGAUUGUAGUUUUAUUCAAUAACACUUAUUGUUUUUUUUUUUUGCUACAAUAAUUAUUUAAUAGAAUCAUAAUUUGUUUAUUGCUUAUAAUUCUUUUUCUGUAAAUUAGUUUUAUGUCAACAAUUCAUUAUGUCAAGAGAUCGUGAUAAGUAUAGGAAAUAUUUAUCUGGAAAUGAAAAAAGAGCAAAAAAAGCUAAAAUAGAACUAGAAAAAAGUAAAAUUCGUGGCUCUAUGAGGAAAUUUAUUAACAAUUCCAAUUCCAGUUCUAGCAAUGUUACACUCACGUCUAACUAUGAAAAGCCAUCUACUUCUAAGUCACAACUACAAGACACCAGCAAUCAUGUAUUUGAGUUGGAGGACCCAGCAAAUUAGCCAUCAGUUAUUGACAGGCAGUAUCGUUCAUGUAUUGCCAAUAAAGAGGCAAUUCAAAUAAAAAAUUUUAAAUUUCCAGUGAAUAAAGAACAAAGAUCAUUCUCUGAAAACUAUUAUUACAAGACUAUGACAAAUGGUGAAAAGGUAAUAAGACCAUGGCUCAUAUAUUCAAAAAAAAUGGAUGCUGUAUUUUGUUUUUCGUGUCGGUUGUUCCCAAAUCCUAAGAACAAAACUAGUUUUACUGAUGGCUUCAAUGACUGGAAACAUUUAUCUGAACGAAUUAAAAGCCAUGAUUCUUCAAUUUAUCAUAAAAAGUCUAAUCAACAAUGGUUAGAAUUAUCAUGGCGUAUAGAUAGUGGUAAAACUUUAGACAGUGAACUUCAAAAAGAAAUUCAAACUGAAAAAGACCGCUGGAGAACAGUACUGAAAAGAAUAAUAGCUUGUAUUAUUUAUCUUGCUCAACAAAAUGACGCGUUCAGAGGAAAAAACUGUACCUUUUAUACAGAAUCAAAUGGUAAAUUUCUUAAACUUAUUGAAAUGAUAGAAAGUUUUGAUAAUCCUAUGGCUGAACACUUGAAAAAUAUAAAAAAUAAAAUAAUCCAUCAACAUUAUUUGGGACCCAGGAUACAAACUGAAUUAAUACAUUUGAUUGGAAGUAAAAUAAGGACAGAAAUCGUAACACGUAUUAAAAAAGCAAAAUAUUACACUAUUAUGCUUGACGGAACUCCUGAUGCAUCUCACAAGGAACAAUUAACGUUAAUCAUCAGAAUUGUACAGAUAACUAAAACUUAUAAUAAUGUUAAAGUUUCGGUGGAAGAAUAUUUUUUAAACUUUUUACACAUAACUUUGAAAACUGGAUUAGGAUUAUUUGAUGCUUUAAAGCAAGAGUUAUCAAAUUUAGGUUUAUGUUUAUCAAAUUGUCGUGGCCAAGGUUAUGACAAUGGUGCAAAUAUGGUUGGACAUAAGCAAGGUGUACAGGCUAGAAUUUGAAAUUAAAAUCCAAGAGCGUUAUUCUUGCCGUGUUGUGCUCAUUCAUUAAAUCUUUUAUUAGGGGAUAUGGCAAAUUGUAUUCCACGAGCUAUGACCUUUUUCGGAGUGAAACAAAGGUUGUACACUUUAUUUUCUGCUUCUACAGAGCGUUGGGAAAUUUUGAAAAAACAUUUAAAAUGUUUAACAUUGAAACAGUUGUCUGAUACUCGAUGGGAGUGCCGAUUAGAAUCUGUGAAGGCCGUGAAAAUGCAACUUAAAGAGAUAA